GGACGACACGCCUUCCGAUUUCCAUAUAUACAGGGUGGAGCAAGUGCCGUUCGUCUCCAAUUCCUGAUCUUCUCGUGUCCAAAGACUCUGCGCAAUUUCAAACUACAAGAUGCCCCUCUCCGGUCAUUGCAACUGCGGCGCCAUCACGGUCACCAUAUCGGACAAAGGACUUGAAGGCGCGCGCUCGGGCGUGUGCCAUUGUAGGAACUGUCGGCGACAAAGCGGCUCCGUGUCCUCGGUCGUCAUGCUCAUGGACGACAACGACUUCAAGGUCGAGGGCAGCCCGAAAUCCUACCUGGACACGAAAACGGAUUCUGGGACACCCCUGCACCGUUACUUUUGCGGCGAAUGUGGAUCCCCUGUCAUGUCGGUUACCCCGUUGGUUGCGGGGAAGUCAUUCCUGAAAAUGGGGUUGUUUGAUAAAAUCCCUGAGCCAGCGGCUGAAGUCUAUUGCAAAAAUCGGGAGCCGUGGGAAACGCCAAUCACAAACACUGCCCAGCUGCAGGAAGGACGUUGA